AUGGAUGAUGAAAGUGAUAUGGAAGACCAAAUACCAGAGGUGGUUGUGCUUUCAGAUUCAGAUGAUGAUAUUGGUGAUGUGAGGGAGGAUACAGUUGAGGAGAACCAAGACCCGGUUCAAAGUGACAGAACUAGGAAAGGAAAGCAAGCUGGUGUGAGGGAAAAUACAUCUGAGGAUAGCCAAGACAAAGUUCAAGCUGAUGUGAGGGAAAAUACAGUUGAGAAGAGCCAAGACAAAGUUCAGCGUGACAGAAAAGGGAAAGGAAAGCAAAGUGAUGAAGAUUUCAUAUUGGAGGAGGAAGAGUUUGAGCAAGAUGUUGAAGCCGAGAUAGAGAUGGGUACACAGUCUGACCCUAGGAAGUGGUGGCGAUCAGUUUCAGAUUUUUGUACUCAAAAUCUUGAUGAUGGAGACUCAGAUGGUAUAUGUUCUGAGGAGGAGUUACACGAAUUGAAGUCAGAUGAUGAGUUUAAUGCUGGUAAAAAUUCCAAAGAAUUCAACCCGAAAACCAAAAUGCAAAACUUCCAAUUUGUUCUUGGAAUGGAAUUUGCCACUAUUACAAUUUUAAGGAAUGCAAUAAGGGAGUACUUUAUUGAAGGUGAUCGAGAAUAUGUAUUUAUUGCCAAUGAUUCAAAUAGAGUUAGAGUUAAGUGCAAGGGUGCAAACUGUGAGUGGAUGUUGUUUGCUUCAAUAGUUAACAAGAUAGAUGGCAAAACAAUGAGGGUCAAAACACUUGUUGACAGGCAUAGUUGUGGCAUUGUUUUGGACAAUAAAAAGCUGACCUCAACUUGGCUUGCAAAGCACUUUUUGGAGCAAUUUAGGCUAAAUCCGAGUAUGGAAUACAAUGUAUUUAGGGAGAUAACUGCAAAGACCAAGUACUCACGUGUGUCUAGCUGGACAUUUUACAGGGCCAAGACAAAAGCAAGGAAGAUGUUGGAUGGGUCUGUCAAGGAACAAUACGCCAUUCUUGAUGACUACUGUAAAAGGUUGUUGGCUACCAAUCCUGGCUCUACUGUGAAGUUGAAAAUUGAUUUGGUUAAUGGGAGAAGGCAAUUUCAGCGUAUUUAUAUUUGUCUUAAGGCAUGUAGAGAUAGUUGGUUGGGGGGUUGUAGACCUCUAAUUGGUCUUGAUGGCUGCUUUUUAAAAGGAUAUUGUAAGGGCAUUUUAUUGGCUGCAGUAGGCAUUGACAGUAAUAACUCCAUGUUUCCCAUUGCCUACUGUGUUGCUGAAAAGGAAAACACUGAGGUUUGGACUUGGUUCUUGGAGCUAUUGAAGGCUGAUAUUGGGAGUUUGAGUCCCACCAAGGUGACAAUGAUGAGUGAUUGUCAAAAAGGAUUAGAAAAUGCAGUGGGAGCCAUCUUUAGUGGGUGUGAGGUGAGGUUUUCUGUUAGACAUAGUCAUGCUAACUUUAAAAAGGAAUAUCCUGGACUUUUACUUAAGCAACUUUUGUGGGCAGCAGCUAAUACUACAACACAAGCUGAGUUUGCUCGAGCAAUGCAAGAAGUCAAGAAUGUCUCGGAUGGUGCUUACAAUUGGCUGGCAGGGAAGAACCCCACAGAAUGGACUAAGUUACAUAUUUCAGAGUACCCAAAAUGUGACAUUUUGGUGAAUAAUUUGUGUGAGAGUUUCAAUGCAGCCAUACUUGAUGCUCGUGACAAGCCAAUUAUAACUUUACUAGAGAAAAUUAGAUUUUGGUUGAUGUCUCGGUUUUAUAACAAAAAAGCUGAGUUGGAGAAGAUGACUCAACCUGUGGGGAAGAGAAUUUUGAAGAUAAUUGAGAAGAAAAAAGAGGUUGCAAAGCAUUGUCUGGUUACUAGGUCUGACAAGUUUUAG